AAUAAUAAUAUAAUAAUGCCAAGAAUACCUCUGGCACCAUCUAUUAUUAUUCAUUCACCUUGUGAGUAAGAUCUCUCAUCUCUCACUCUCUUCAUGAGUACUUGUUAAAAUUCCCCUCAAUCUAUUUUCCUCUUUCAUGUUCCACUUCUCAUCUCUACUACUAUAUUUCCCUAACACACUCUAGUCUAGUCUCUAGAUUCACUCAAUGUUUUAAAAAUAGUGCUCCUUUCAUUAAUCCGAACUAGGACAUCAAAGUUUUUUAUGUAUUUGAUCACACUUGAUCGUGAUUCUCUGCAAUAUCAAACACUUGUUUCACACCUUAUAAGAUAAUUGUGCAGUGAACAAAGAUGCAAGACUCAAUAGGUAUUCCAGCAUGCUUUUCAUCAUCAGAGAAGCUAAGCGACGAUCACAGCGGGGUGAGUCGUGCUGGUCAGAGCGUUUACAUGUCAGUAUAUAGAACAAAGGUUGCUGAUCACUGCCGUUUGAUAACCAUCACAUGGUGCAAAAAUUUGUUACUUCAUGGGCUAUCAAUAUCAGUUGAAGGCCCAGAAGGAGAAGCCCAAUAUAGCUGCAAGGUUGAACUAAAACCAUGGUACUUUUGGAGAAAACAAGGUUCCAAACGGUUUUUAGUAGAAGGUAAAGCUGUUGAUGUUUUCUGGGACCUUAAAGCUGCUAAGUUCAAUGGUGAAACAGAACCAACUUCAGAAUACUAUGUAGCUGUUGUUUGUGAUGAAGAGGUUGUUCUUCUUGUUGGUGAUUUGAAGAAAGAUGCUUAUAGAAGAACAGGUUGUAGACCAGCACUUAUUGAUCCUAUAUUGGUUUCAAAGAAAGAGCAUAUUUUUGGGAAGAAAAAGUUUUCAACUAGAGCUAAGUUUCAUGAGAAGGGUAAGUGGCAUGAGAUUUCAAUUGAAUGUAAGAAUAGAGGAAAUGGUGAUUGUGUUUAUGGAUCAGUUCAGCCAGAGAUGGAGAUAAGAAUUGAUGGUCAUUUGGUGAUUCAUGUGAAGCAUUUGCAAUGGAAGUUUAGAGGUAAUGAAUCGGUUCAUCUUAGUAAAAUGAGAAUAGAAGUUUAUUGGGAUGUUCAUGAUUGGUUAUUUAGUCCUGGUUUAAAACAUGCUUUAUUUAUUUUUAAGCCAAUUUUGUCAUCAACUUCUUUAAGUUCUUCUCCAUUAUCAACUCAAGCUAGGAAUUGUGAAUCAGUGGAGGGGUUUAGUGUAAGUGGUUCAACGGAGUUUUGUUUGUUUCUUUAUGCUUGGAAGGUUGAAUGAAAUUAAAAGGGUCAUGUCAAUUGUCAUGUACUAUUCAUAUCUUUAUCAAAGCCAACAAAAUAAAGUUCUGAAAUGAAAUGGGUCACCAAAUUAUGGAAAAAUAAUGGAAUGGUGAGGAUGCAUUGACUGAUUGAAAAUUGAAAAUUGAAAAGCCAGGCACGUGGGGCCAAAAUGAGUUAGUUACAACUAUGGUGUUCAACUUGUAUGGAUUUCUUACUACAUCUGCAUGGUACAACAAUUGUGAGAAUAUUAGUUUUUGUGAGAAAGAGCUGUUGUAGAGUAUUUAAGUAUGUGUUGAACUAAUUAGCAUAAUUGGACAAGAUAGAUUGUAUCACAAUCACAAUCACACAUGUUCAAUAAUUCUCCAUCUAGAGCUAUAUUAGCCUCGUACAUUGGAAAUGUUAUUUCUUGAUCUGAUCUUGGUAAAUGAGCUAUAAUUAUAAAUCUUUCUUCAAACCGAGGUAUGUGUUAUCUAAAUUUUGUAUUAUCACAGAAAUAUAGAUAAGUAUUAAGCUGAAUGUCUGUAUUUGCGUGUAAAAUGUUGAAGCAUGUGAUGUGAUGGAAAACUGUGUUUCCGGGAUGAUAGGAAGGGUGUUUGGUGAUGUGUUGUAGAAAUAAGAAUGCAAUAAUCCAUGUAUUUGCACAUCACACGCAUAUUAAUACUUUUUUUUCCCUCUUGUAGUUGGAUUAUCUGUAUCUUGUCAACAUUAUUGCUUAGCUGUAUAAGUUCAUUAAUCUAUUAUUUACUAUUCCAUGAA